UCCUCUAUCCAUUCUCUGUCAAUGUCCCCCUCUUGCCUCUCACCCACCCCAAAUCAAAUCCAUUAAGGUCAAAAAGGAAAAAAAAAAAAUUACGUUCUCUAGCCCUAAAUGAACAUCACCCUCACUCUCUCUAACUCACUGCAGAAUGACUGCAUUUCCCACCAUUUUCUCUCUCUAAAAUCCACUGCGAAAGUUAUGAAUACCUCACGCUUUUCACCAUCGCAUGAGGAUCUUCCAUCGUCGCCUUGUGCACCACUUUUUCUCUCUAUCUCUCAAAACCAACAUUUUAAGACCCAGAAGUUCAUCAUUUGUUGCUCCAGCUAUUGUAGAAGAACCAGACCAGUCUCCACUAUUAAACCCCAGACACUAUUUGGGCUCAAUUUUCAAGGGUUUUGAUGAAUUGGGUCUUGAAAGGUUUAUCAAAACUUUGUUUUUUCGCCAUUCCAGGGUUACCCAAUUCGCUGUAGCUCAUGCACUGGCUAUGCAGAAGAGAUUGAAGGAUUUGAGAGUCGUUAUACAGAGAAUACUGGCAAAAGAAGGACCUGGUUCCGCACCAAUACUUUGCGAAUUACUUAGCGAACAAUUUCAAGAUUGGGAUAGCAAUGAUCUGGUAUGGGAUAUGCUGGCAAAUGUUUUCUCUAAAUCGCAAUUGAUCGAUGACUCUCUCUAUGUUCUCACUAAGAUGAAAUUUUUAAAACUUCAAGCUUCAAUAUCAACAUAUAACAGUCUUCUUAGCAAAACUAGGCACACAGAGAUGUUCUGGAGCAUAUGUGAAGAUCUUUGUGUUAGUGGGGUAUCUCUUAACAUCUACACCUACAAUAUCCUUAUUCAUGGUCUAUGUAAACGUCAAAGGUUGAGAGAAGCUGUAAAAAUGUUUCAGGAAAUGCAGAGUGUAGGCCAUCUACCAAAUAUUGUUACCUUUAACAUUCUUAUGUCUGGAUUUUGUGAGAUGGGUUUCGUAAAAAUCGCAAAGUCCUUUCUCUCUCUAAUGCUUGGUCAUGGGUUACUUCUGGACACAUACAGUUACAAUACACUUAUUCAUGGACUCUGUGUUGUGGGUUCUAUUGAGGAAGCUUUAGAAUUCUCUGAGGACAUGGAGAAACACAACAUUGAACUUGAUUUGAUUACAUACAACGCUCUUGUCAAUGGUUUUUGUUUACUUGGGCUUAUGUCAGAGGCUGAUAAGGUUGUAUGCAGGAUGUUGCUUAAUGGUUUGAGGCCUAAUCAUGUAACAUACACCACCCUUAUGAGUGGUCACUUAAGGAAGGGAAAUGUCAAUGAAGGGAUGAGGAUUCGGGAUGAGAUGAUCGCCCGGGACCUCCAGUUAAAUAUGUACACAUAUGCUGUGUUGUUAAGUGCUUUGUGUAAAAUGGGUCGAGUCAAUGAAGCCGAGAAGUUGGUUGAUGAAAUGGUCGUGGUGGGAUUGGUUCCAGAUCUCAUCAUAUAUUGUAUCCUUAUUGGUGGCUAUGCAAAGAUAGGAAAUACGGAAAGGGCAAAUAAAUUGUUUCAAGUUAUGCUUCGGGAAGGAAUCAAGCCCAAUAAGGUUGCAUGUAUGGCAAUGCUUUCGUCAAUGUGCAAGAAUGGGGAGCUAGGCGAAGCUAGGGCAUAUUUGGACUACUUAACAAAUAGUGGUUUGGUUAUUGACAAAUUUCUUUACAAUAUAAUGAUUGAUGGGUAUGUGAAAAUGGGCUAUAUUCAAGAGGCCUUUGGUUUGUAUGAGGAAAUGAUCAAGAAUGGGGUAAGCCCAAGUAUAGUGACCCAUAAUUCUCUUAUUUAUGGCUUAUGCAAAAAUGGGAGACUUACAGAGGCCAAAGGGAUGGUAGGCAUGCUCAAGCUUCAUGGCUUGGUUCCCAAUGAGGUCACAUAUAGUACCAUAAUCGAUGCAUAUUGUGAAGAGGGGAGUAUGGAAAUUGUGAUGGAAUUGCUCAAUGAAAUGGCUUCAAAAGGCAUUGCACCAAACACUGUUACAUAUAGUAUAAUUAUUAAAGGGCUUUGCAAGCAAGGGCUUUUGCAAAGAGCUUUGGGGGUCCUUAAUGAAAUGUACAGUAAGGGCCUAGAAGCUGACCACAUUACUUAUAAUACGCUCAUCCAGGGUUUUUGUGAACAACAUAACAUGUUCUCAGCAUUUUCUUUACAUGAUGAGAUGAUGGAGCGCAACCUUGAGCCCACUCCAACUACUUAUUAUUUGCUUGUGAGCGGCCUAUGUAUGUGUUAUGACUUAUGGAGUGCUGAGAAAUUUCUGGAAACUAUUACACUUCGGGGAAUAAAACUAAACAAAGAUGCUUACACAUCAGUGGUCAAUGCAUAUUGUGUCAGGGGUGACAAAUACAAGGUUAUCGACCUUUUUAAUAGAAUGGUGAAGAGAGGUUUUGAGCUUUCUAUUUCGGAUUUCAGUGCCGCGAUAAACAGAUUUUGUAAGCGAAGGCGGUUGAUUGAAGCCAAAGAUAUGUUUAAUAUGAUGUUGCAAGUUGGGGUGUCUCCAGAUAGGGAGAUAUAUGCUGUAUUGCUUGAGGCUUUUCAAAGAGAGGGCUAUGUAAGCCCAGUUUCUCAACUGCAUGCUAAGAUGAUUCGAAGUGGUAUGAUGUCACGUUGUGGGGCACGAUAGAAACCUGAGAGAUUUUUUAUUGAAGUGGAUUUUUGGUGGCUUUGCUAGUUAAACUGUUUGAUGAAAGAAAGCUCCUUGUUGAUAUGUUCUCAUUUCCUGCAUAAGAGAGUUGGCUUGCAAGGAUGACAUGAAAAACUAGAAGGGUCCCAAAAUGUUAAAUGUUUUACAGAAGAAGAGAUUGGGGAUCUGGACCAUUGUCCCAAGUCUGAGGUUCCUUAUGGGAUUUAACCCAAAACCUAUUGGCCGAGAUGGAGAGAGCUCCAAGGGAUUUGACUAUGGUUAAGAUGAGAUUUUUGAAGGGUUGAGGAAGCUGAUUGAAAAAUUAGAGUGUCAAAGUCAAGACACACAAGGGGAGAAAUUGGACGAGAGUUUCAAUGACUACAGGGACACCUCAAGGCAUAAACAGAGAGGCCCUGGCAUGCGUGUCAGGUCAGGCCUUAUCCGGAUUGUGUCUCAUGAAUACUACUGCAAGCCAGAGGCCCAGAAAUUGUAUCCAAAGUUCUUCCACCCGCCCACUGCAAGCAACCCCUGCCCCUUCUCCCAAAAAAAAAAAAAUCAUCCCCCUUUUCCUUGUUGCAGUUAAGUAGUUUGUUUACAUUUUGUGUUUCUUUAUUUGGAUAGCCGUUAUAACAAAAAGGAUACUUCCCUGUUAUGUGCAUGUACUUGUCCCUAAUUAUGCAUGAAUUCUCUGUUCUAUACCUGUGGACGUGGUUAGCCAUGUAUGUCUGUGAAUUAUUAUUCACUGUUGGCUAGUAUAAGGGAAUGAGUAGUUAAUCAAUUAGUUGCAUGGAAUGAGUUGUUUUUGAUCAAUUAAUAGAAAUUUUUUUUUUAUCAAUUAAUAGCAAGCGAUAUGUUGCUUUCCAUCAAUGAGUGGUUGGGGAUGAGUGAGAAUACCUACUAUAAUACGAAUACACGUUUUUCCAUUAUACGAUUCUAAAUAAAUAUUUGGUAAAAUUAUCAGGUAGAAUACCAUGGCACCCCAGAACUCAAUAUCAAAUAGAUCAAAGAUUAGGUACUUACUAAUAAGGAAAAUGAUCAAAACUGUGUGCUUUUGACUGUUUGGCUGCGGCCUUUCUUUUGAAGCUUUGAGUGUUUGAAUGGCAGGUGGGGGGCUGAUCGGGAAGGUUAGAUAAAUAGAAUGGAAGGUGCAGAGGGAUAAACAUGGAGCCACCACCAGAAGCCCCAUUUCUUCCUGCACCAGAGCCUCCACCUGCAAGUGGAGGAUUCAAUGGAUUUCUGGGAACUUGCCUGUGGUGCCUUUGUUGCUGUGGCUUAUUCCAGAGUUGCUGCCCUCCUCUUUUCGAGCCGGGACCCAUGCCUCCCCCAUGAAUGCGAAAAGUUUACGUGAUCCCACGUUUUAUUUUUCUUUUUCUUUUAUUUUGUUGUCUGUUUUAGUUUUCUUUUUAUUUACCAUUUUUUGUUGGACUUUUGGGUUGUAAUCUGGAUGUUUUACCUGAUGAUCAAUACUGCAUUGGAGGUGCUUUUGUUGGUUUCUCCCAAAAAAAAACGAGCAUACGAGAAGAUUGUUUUUUUAUAGGAAAGUCACAUUCAGUCCCUA